AUGGCCUCAACGGAAAACUGCGCCGCCGUCGCCGCCGCAGCUAACGCCCCUCGCCGCCACAAGAAGGUCGUCGUCAUAAUGGGCCCCACCGGCUGCGGCAAGUCCAAGCUCUCCGUCGACCUCGCCUCCCGCUUCUUCCCCUCCUCCGAGAUCAUCAACUCCGACAAGAUCCAAAUCUACUCCGGCCUCGACGUCACCAGCAACAAGAUCCCCCCGCCGGAGCGACGCGGCGUCCCCCACCACCUCCUCGGCGACUGCAGCCCCGCCGACGAGUUCGACGCGGCCGACUUCCGCGCCGCCGCCUCCUCCGCCAUCUCCCAGAUCUCCUCCCGCCGGAAUCUCCCCUUCGUCGUCGGCGGCUCCAACUCCUUCGUCUACGCCCUCCUCGCCCGCCGCUUCUCGCCGGACGCCGUCGCCGCCCUCUCCGGAGACGCCGGCACGGCGGCCCUCUGCCGGGAGCUCCGGUACAGCUGCUGCUUCAUAUGGGUAGACGUCUCGCCGGCGGUGCUGAACGAGUACCUCGGGAAGAGGGUCGACGAGAUGAUGGAGGCGGGGAUGCUGGAGGAGCUGGCCGAGUACUUCGCGGGCCCGGAAUCGGGCCGUGGCGGGCUGGAGAAGACGAUCGGCGUGCCGGAGUUCGCGAGCUACUUCGAGCGGUACGGCGGCGACUGGAGGGUCGACGGCGGCGGCGGCGGCGACCCGGAGAAAAGGAGGGCGUACGAGGAGGCGGUGAGGGCGGUGAAGGAGAACACGUGCCAGCUGGCGAAGAGGCAGCUGGGGAAGAUACUCCGGCUGAGGGACGCGGCCGGGUGGGAGCUGAAGAGGGUAGACGCCACGGCGGCGAUUAGGGCGUCGAUGGAGGGCGCGGGGCGGAGGAGAGUGGCGGACGCCUGGGAGAAGGACGUGGUGGACCCCAGCGUGAAGGCGGUGAAAAGGUUCUUGAUGAUGGAUUAA